AUGGGCGCCGACUCUCUGAUCCAAGGCUUUAAGGCUCGCCGCACUCACUACGCCUUGAAGCCCGAGUCUCCCAUCUCCGACGACAAGAUCCACGAGAUUGUCGAGCAAGCUAUUCUCCAUACUCCCAGCUCCUUCAACUCACAGUCCACGCGAGUCCUUGUCCUCCUUGCCGACCAGCACAAGAAGCUGUGGGAGGAGAUCGUCAAGCCAGCGGUCAAGGCCGUUGCUCCUCCCGAGGCCUGGGAGAGUUCGGAAAAGCGGCUCUCAGGCUUUUCCAACGCCUAUGGAACAAUCCUGUUCUAUGAGGAUCCCAAUGAUAUCUCCAAGCUCCAGGAAUCAUACGCUCUCUACGCCGAUAGGUUUCCGCAAUGGUCUGAGCACACAAAUGCUAUGCAUCAGUAUGCCCUAUGGACUCUCCUUGAGCAAGAGGGCUUCGGUGCCAACCUUCAGCACUACAAUCCCCUCAUCGACGAAAAGGUCGCCAGCGAGUGGGGCAUCCCUAACAAAUGGAGUUUGAAGUCGCAGCUCGUAUUUGGUGCUCCCGCAGGCGCUGCCGGCGAGAAAUCCUUCAAGCCUGUUGACGGUGAGCGUCUCUUCAUUUACGGUGGCAAGUUCGGGACGAAGUCGUAG